AUGUAUCCUAUGCAUACAAAAAGAGGAGACAAGAGGACAUGGACAUACAUAUUUGGAGCGUGUUGUGCAACAACUGUUUUUAUUCCUUCGUUCCAUAACUAUAGAAUCUGGUCAUUCCUGGGACUCGCUAUGACCACUUACACUUCUUGGUACCUCACCAUUGCUUCUCUCCUUCACGGCCAGGCUGAGGAUGUCAAACACUCGGGUCCAACCACAAUGGUUCUCUACUUUACCGGAGCCACCAACAUUCUCUACACCUUUGGUGGUCAUGCCGUCACUGUGGAGAUAAUGCAUGCCAUGUGGAAACCGCAAAAGUUCAAGGCAAUAUAUCUACUAGCGACUAUAUACGUAUUAACGCUAACGCUACCUUCUGCGUCUGCGGUUUACUGGGCGUUUGGCGAUCAAUUGCUAACUCAUUCCAAUGCACUCUCUCUACUCCCGAAGUCCGGUUUCAGAGACACCGCGGUGAUCCUUAUGCUUAUCCAUCAGUUUAUAACGUUUGGCUUUGCGUCUACACCGUUAUAUUUUGUGUGGGAGAAACUGAUAGGUGUGCAUGAGACUAAGAGCAUGUUCAAAAGAGCCAUGGCUAGGUUACCAGUGGUUUUACCCAUAUGGUUCUUAGCCAUCAUCUUCCCCUUUUUCGGACCAAUCAAUUCUGCGGUCGGAUCUCUCCUUGUCAGCUUCACUGUCUACAUCAUCCCUGCUUUGGCUCACAUGCUUACUUUUGCUCCUGCCCCUUCCAGAGGGGGUAGAUCUUUUUCCUUUUUCACAUAUUCCUUUUUAUUUUCAUAA